GCGAGGGCAGGGGGUGAGAGGAAGGAGAGGCGCUGAUGAACAGCUACAGGUAGCUGCCUUUUUUACUCGUUUUAUUUCCACCGUCAGCCCGGGCCACAUGGCGCCUCACCGCUACACACCAAGCAGCUCAGCGACUGUUCAGAGCGAGACAACCCCUGGAGUAUACGGAGAACCAUACAAGUUUGACCCUUCCUUCAGUGGUCCUGUCAGCAGAAGAAGCUGCACCGAUAUCUUACAUUGUUUGAUCUUCACCCUUGUCAUUGUCUCAUAUGUUGCCCUUGGGAUAGUGGCCUGGUUGCAUGGGGACCCCAGGAAAGUGAUUCAUCCAACAGAUAGUUAUGGCCAGUUCUGUGGUCAGAAAGGAACUUCCAAUGCGAGAAAACCCAUCCUGUUCUAUUUCAACAUCUUAAAAUGUACCAACCCGGCAGUACUCAUCAACCUACAGUGUCCCACAACACAGAUGUGCGUGUCACAGUGCCCAGACAAGUUUGCAACCUACACUGAGAUGCAGCUCCAAAACAAACUCAGCAAAAGUUACUGGGAAUAUUACAGACAAUUCUGUAAGCCGGGUUUCAAUGACCCCAACAAGCCAGCAUCUCAGGUUCUGCGAGAUGAGGAUUGUCCCUCCAUGAUUGUACCAAGUAGACCAUUUCUCCGGAGAUGUCUACCAGCCUUCAUCACUUUGAAUGGGACUGUGACGGUAGCAAACAGAACCAGGUUUAAAGAUGCUCUGGAAAUGCCACGCAGUGUUACUGAACUCCAACAUGCUGCUAAGGGUAUAACAGGACUAGUGGACACUAAGGAGCUGGUCAUGAACAUAGUGGAAGAUUAUGCCAAGUCAUGGGCAUGGAUACUCAUAGGUCUACUAAUAUCUUUGGCUGUUAGUCUGGUCUUCAUCCUGCUACUGAGGUUCACAGCUGGGUUACUGUUGUGGACCACCAUCAUGGCCGCCCUACUACUUUUGGCAUAUGGUAUGUGGUACUGCUCCAUGGUCUGGUCCCAGCUCAGAUACAGACAAGGAUCUGAAGUUGCCAUUUUAGAGGUCGGCCUGCAGACAGACCUACAGAUCUAUCUACAACUCAGACAGACAUGGAUCAUAUUUUUGGUAACUCUGGGAGUGAUAGAAGCUUCCAUUUUCCUGAUGUUGAUCUUCCUACGAAGAAGGGUCCUAAUGGCUAUCACCUUGCUCAGAGAAGCUAGCAAGGCCAUCAGUUACAUCAUGUCUACACUGUUCUUUCCAGUCAUCACCUUUUUCUUGUUGACUAUAUGCAUCUCCUACUGGGGGUUUAUAGCAAUACACCUGGCAUCGUCAGGUGAAGCCAUCUACAAAGUGAUGUCUCCUGAUGUGAGCUGCCCUUACGUCAACAGUACGUGCAACCCUGAGACCUUCAACAGAACCAACAUCUCCAACUCAGCAUUGUGUCUGGGUUGUAAGUGUUUAUUUGCCUUUUAUGGCGGGGAGACAUCCUACCACCGCCACCUUUUUCUGCUACAGUUGUCCAACCUACUAGUCUUUCUGUGGCUCGUCAACUUCAGCUUGGCCCUGGAGCAGUGCACUCUGGCAGGGACAUUUGCUAGCUACUACUGGGCCAAGAGGAAGCCUCAGGAUAUCCCGUCAUGUCCACUAUUUUUAUCAUUUAACAGGGCUAUCAGGUAUCACACAGGGUCUUUGGCAUUUGGUGCUCUAGUUCUUUCAGUUGCCCAGCUAGUCAGGAUCAUACUGGAAUACUUGGAACAGAGAUUAAAAUGUGUUGAUAACACCCUGUCCAAGUUCCUUUUGUGCUGUCUGAAAUGCUGUUUCUGGUGUUUAGAGAACCUCCUUCGCUACAUGAACCGUAAUGCUUAUAUCAUGGUUGCGAUUUACGGCACAAACUUUUGUACCUCUGCCAGAGAAGCAUUUUUCCUACUGAUGAGAAAUGCAGUGAGGGUUGCAGUUCUGGACAGAUUGACAGACUUUCUGCUGUUUCUCGGCAAAGUGCUGAUAGCAGGAGGAGUUGGUGUGGUUGCAUUCUUCUUUUUCACAAACAAGAUCCCAGUUAUCCAGGAGGAAGUUCCCAGUCUCAACUGCUAUUGGGUCCCCAUACUGACAGUGGUGGUAGGUGCCUAUCUGAUUGCUCAUAGUUUCUUCAGCAUCUAUGCCAUGUGUGUUGACACCCUCUUUCUCUGCUUUUGUGAUGACUUGGAAAGGAAUGAUGGUAGUUCGGACAAACCUUACUUCAUGUCCCCGGAACUGCACAAAAUUCUUGGAAAAUCCAGUCAGUUACGGUGACAUACUGCGUCAACUGCCAGUGGCUGUCUUGACAAACUUCUUGGAGACACUGUGUACUGCUGGUAUCACGUUGCCUGAUGAAGUGGGGCUUUUUUCAGUUUUGAUGUUGUUUUGUUUUGUUUUUUCUGCACAGUGCCACUUUAGAAUGUUGGUCUAGCUCAUUACUAGUAAAAAUAUGUUGAGGAUAAUUUUUCACUGAAUCUAAGUUUGAAUAACUCAGCAACAGUCAUAUACAUAUAAAAUCAGUCAUUAAAUUCUGAUUUUGAAGACUUUUCCAAACCUAAUCGGCAACAUUAAGGCAAUCUAACAAAAACAAAAUUAACUCUACCUUGAAAAUGUUCCUUUGAACUUCUAGUUGAGUUUUAUGUGCUCAAUUUCAGUCAUAAUGGCUUAAAGAUCAUUUAUUUUUCCAUGCAAAGGGUAAAAUCUGCAACACAAAUUAAAAAUAAAAAACGUCCUCCCUGAAAUACCCGUUUUUUGUUUUGUUUUGUUUUUUUUAUAUGAUCAUUUGUUAUUUCUAAUGUUAUUGAUAAAAUUAAUGAAAACAUAGCAAAAAUAAUUAAUGAAUUCUUUAAAGUGAUAAAUAUGCCUGACUUAAGUUUGCUUAAAAGUUUGUUUAACAAAACAAGUGAGAAUUUGCAAUGAUUUGUUGUCCAAAUACUGUUCUCUGUGAAUGGCUAAUGCUGGACUGUAUUUUGUAAAAAAGGGAAAAAAAGAAAAAGAAAAAACUGUUCACAUACUCAGUUCAUUUAAAUGUUUUUUAUACAGCACAUAGCAAAAAUCACAACAUAGGUCGUGGCAAGGCAUGAUGGGAUCAAGAUCAAAAAUAGAACAAUUUCCCCCUAAGCAAGCACCUGGCAUCACUGGGGAAAAUUUUUUUCUUUUGAACAGAAGGUGCCCUCAGACAGAACAGGGAGUGAGGUUUUCUGAUUCAACUGGUUUUGACUGAGAGGGAUGCAGAAAUAGAAAAGAUGAGGAUAUAGCAAAUCAAACACACACAAAGUAGCUUGUUGGGGCAGCUUGUUGAGACAAAGCACAAUCUCCUGGAGAGAGAGGAUACAAAAUUAAUGAUAUGCAGUAGUUGAACACAAUGCAAACAGAGAGGAGAGUAGAAUCUUUAGCUAGCCAGUGGUUUCUAGCAGCAUAACUAUGGUAUGUUUCAGGGUCACCUGAGCAGCUCUAACUAUAAACUUUACAAAAGUGGAAAGUUUCAAGCUCAAUCUUAAAAUUAGAGGGUGUCUGCCUCUCAAAUCCAAACUGGAAGAGGGGUUUCCAGAAAAGGAGCUUGCUAAGUGAAGUCUGUCUCUCCCCAUUCCACUUUUGGAAAUCCUCAGAACCACUGUAAACCUGCACUUAGUACAAAGUGCUCUAUUGGGAUAAUAUUGUACUACAAGCUCUUAUGCUUGUAUAAAGCUUGUUCAUUAGGGCUUUGUAUGUAAGGACAAAAACGUUGAACUCUGUUCUGGAUUAUACAGAGUGUUGAUGAAGCAGAGCCGAUAUAUGAGAACAAUUUUAACACAUAUCCCCACAAAAUCCAAACCAAAGCAGGAACCCAGCAACAGCAAUCCCAACAGUAAUACUGUGUACAGUCUAUACAGUCAGUCAAGUUUGUAGCACUGACCUUAGCUCUGCUGCUUUCCUACUCCUGGAGAAAUUCCAAUUCCGAAUUGCUUAUUUCUCCUCUGACACUGAUUCCACAGUUGUAAUGUAAUCCUGACACUGGUUAUUACACAUAGAGAAUAUUUUUCUUUUAUUGUCAUGUAAAAUUAUAGAAUUUAAAGCCUUUCUCCUCACACACUGAGAUGCAGACUGAGUCCAUCUGAAUCUUUGUAAAGAUUUUAUUGUACCAUAUUAUUCCAACAGGGCACACAUGUUCAAACAUAAACUAUGCUAAUGUUGUUCCUGUCCUGUAACGUUUUGUGAUAAAUUAUUGUUAUUAUUCUUUUUAUGAAAAUAAAGUAUGAUUUCCCAACAUGA